GAGCGCGGCGAGGCGGCCGCACACGGCGCGGAGGAGGCGAUGCGGGCCGCCUGGGUGCUGCUGCCGGCGCUGGCCGCCCUGUCCGCUUACUACGUGUACCUGCCGCUGCCCGGCGCCGUGUCCGACCCCUGGAAGCUGAUGCUGCUGGAUGCCACCUUCCGGGCGGUGCAGCAGACGUGUCACCUGAUUCACUAUCUGAGACUCAGCCAUCAUUUGAUAGCUCUGAAUUAUUUGAUCUGCACCUUUGACAAGCUGAAGUCUGUCUCCUCUGAAGACAUUAAAAUCACGGAUGCUGUUUUUGAUGGCGUGGAAGUGAGAGUGUUUGAACCUCCUGCGAAGGGAGAUGAAAGCCUCAAGCGCAGCGUUGUUUACAUCCACGGAGGGGGCUGGGCCUUGGCAAGUGCAAGAACAAGCCUUUACAACAAUCUCUGCAGAAUCAUGGCUGAAUCUCUGAACGCUGUUGUUGUCUCUGUUGAAUACAGGCUGGUGCCCGAGGUGUGCUUCCCCGAGCAGUACCACGAUGCUCUUCGUGCAACAAAGCAUUUCCUGCAGCCUGAUGUCUUAGCUGAGUAUUCAGUGGACCCCAGUCGAAUUGCAAUCUCUGGGGACAGUGCAGGAGGGAAUUUGGCAGCUGCUGUGUGCCAGCAGCUUAGCAAAGAGGAGAAUUUAACCGUCACACCGAAACUGCAGGCCUUGAUUUAUCCAGUCCUCCAGGCCUUCGACUUCAACACGCCGUCCUACCAGCAGAACAUGAACAUGCCCGUGCUCCCUCGCUACGUCAUGAUCAACUACUGGAUCGACUACAUCAACGGCAACUACGACUUGGCUCACGAGCUGCUCGUCAACAACCACACCGCGCUCAACGUCGGCCGCGCCCUCUCCUUCCGCGCGCGCCUCAACUGGACGUCCCUGCUGCCGCCCUCUUUCAAGAAGAGCUACAAGCCCGUGGUGCAGACCACGGGCACGGCGGCCAUCGUGGAGCGGCUGCCGGCGCUGCUGGACGUGCGGGCGGUGCCGCUGCUGGCGGACGACGCGACGCUGGCGCGGCAGCCGCGCACCUACGUGCUGACCUGCGAGAACGACGUGCUGCGCGACGACGGCGCCAUGUACGCCAAGCGCCUGGAGCGCGCCGGCGUGCCCGUCACCCUCGACCACUUCCUCGACUGCUUCCACGGCUGCAUGAUCUUCACCGUGUGGCCCACGGAUUUCUCGGCCGGCGUGCAGACCAGGAACAGCUACAUCAAGUGGUUGGAUGAGAACCUCUGAAGGGAGGGACCCCCGCCAGCCGCAAGGCGCGGCGCGGGCGCGUGGCUGCGGUGGGUUGUUCUGGCGGAAGAGCCAACAGUCAAGAAGUGCACUUUUCCCAAUUCUGACUUGGCCGUUCGGCUGCAGCUGCUGGGGGUACAGACCACUAACUGCAGCGUUUUCUAGCUCCAUUGGCCUUGCCCAGUAAAGCAUUUUGAGAAGUUUUUUGGUUUUUUUUUUCAAAUUUCAGUUGUCUUUUUUUUCACCUUCUCCCAGAUGACUAUUGCCAAACAUAAACGUGUUGAGCAGGGAGAUCAGGAUUCCUGCAGGAUUCUUACCCUGGCUGCAACUUUCAAGGUUUGACUCUCAAUUAGGUACAAAGGCCCUGACUUUCAAAUGAUGUGAGAUAAAUCCUAACACCUACAUCUACUUCUGAAUAUGUAAAAAUGUGAGCUAGUUUACAGCAGUGUUGAGCAUCUGAUGUCAGAGUGAGAACACUCAGCUUGAGCAACAGGGCCAUGCAUUUGAAUGACAAACGGGAUUUAGGUCUUGGCUUUUUGCCAUAGAUAAAGGGCUCAUUUAAAUUAAAAAAAAAGAAAUUUACAAAAGCUCUUCUAGACAGUUAAAAUGAUACUAGAUGAGUCUCUUAGCCAAACCUGUAAUUCAGCUUUGGAAUUUGGUCUUUAUCGCCUUUUAAUAAAUAUAUUUUUAAAAGGUACAGGCCUAAAUAUGUUUUCAAUAAAAAGUAUGAUAGCAUACACAAAAAUAGGUAAGAUAAAAUAUUAUGUGUAACAGCAGAAUCCAUGUUUCCUGUGUGAGUGGCCUUCAAAGCUGACUGCUUAUUUGGCUGAAUAAUGUGACUUCACCUGUGUGAAGUUUUACGACCUCCUUACAGAAAAUACUGACCUUACUACAAAUAAUCUGCUGUGUGGUUUGCACUAAUAGUUGUAAUUAAUAAUAGAAGUUUUUUUUCAUUGACUUUUCUUUUGUGUUUGUAGUUUUGAUUCUAUUUCCUGCUUUGCGAAAGGAGGAAAGCAAGCAAAUAGAAGUGAACUCCAAUCUAUAAAAUCUUCUGUUUAAUUCUGAGCUUUGCAGUUGAGCUUUGUCUGUGUCUUGCAGACUGCUCUAGGUAAGGUGAUCUCACUACUGGGCAGCAAAUCUGUGCAGUUUGAGCCGGUCUGUGAAGUUCAGACAGGCAGGAACCACUCUGUGACUGUCUAGUGUCCAGGCUGCUCACAGCUUGCAGAAAUGAAGGUGGUAUCAAAAACCCAUAGGCACAGAGGAGAGAGUGGGAGAUUAAUUUAUCCUCAGCUUACCACAGACUUCCUGUGGGUCCCAGGAGAACAGCAUCAUCUCCUUGCUCCCCACUUCUGCAAAGGAGGGAGUAAUUUCCUACCUCACGAAGGAGUUGUGAAUUCUCUGGCGUGGGUGAAGCACACGGAUGUGAAUGUGACCGCAGGCACUCGGCAGCUCCCACGGCUUUUCACUUCCCAUUCUUCUCCCAGAGCCUGUCCCACAUCAGGGAUGCUACUGGGCUUGGGUCCUGCUGAGCAGUUUGCUCCCCUCUGUCCUGGUUCCUGUCAGGAACCCCAAGGUGAGGCUUCUUAGCCCUUGCAGAUCAUGACAAAGGCGAUUUCAUCAAAGCAUUCCUUAUAGCAGGAUUCUGAAAAGUUCUUCAAAAAACCCCAUCAGGUACUGGUAGAUCAAACUGCCUUCUGACAUUUUAAAAUACAUACAGAGCAGUCCCCUUUCACUGGGAUUUAAAUUAAAUAGGAGAAUGGUUUUGCUGAAUCGCUGCUUCCUGGAAACACCAGGUUGUUAACGUGGUUGUGUGUAUUAAGAAAAACCAUUAAUGAGACAAGGCCUGGAUGUCAGCUCAGUCAUGCAGGCCAAAACUCAUUCCCAGCAUAGUUCACACCGAGAUCACAAGGCAAAGCCUUUUCAACAGUGGCCCAGAUUCUUCUUCCACUUAGCAUUUACAAAGACUUGGUGGAAUUAGAGCAACCAAGUGACAAUCUGAAUCAGAAUAAAUUUUGAUCAAGAAACCCAAUUAACACUGCAGAGGAAUUCAAACUUUUUAUCUGGACUUAAGCCCUUUCCUCCUUUUCCCCGUAAAUGCAAUUUCAUAGAUUGUAUGCUUUAAACAGACAGCAACCAAAGUUAUAUCCAUUCAAAAGUUACUAAUCUGCUCCAGAAUACUUUCCCUUUAUAUGGAGACAGCUACACUUACCUGACUUUAAACUAUGACUAAAAAUACUACUAAAAAUAGCAAAGAAAAAAUCACUAUACUGAGUUAUAACAACAGGCUUCUUCCUGAAUUUCCCGCUUAAAGAGUAAACCCAUAUCAGAAAAGAUACAAUUUAUAUCUACUCACUGUCAUUAGUAUAAUAUGUAGAUAUACUAUGAUUAUAUGUCAUAGUAUAACUGUAGUACUGGAAGAAAAUGGUUAAUAUCCCUCUAAAUCUUAAACUAAUUAAGUUUUCCUGAGAGCUUUCUGCGAAGCUUUAGGUCAGCAUUUGUGUAUAGCUAAGUUAUAAAUAUCUGUUAUGAACCUAAAAUAUAAUUGCUGCUGGUUUUUUUUAAAUGAAAAGGAGAGCUGGAAUAUAUAUAUGUAUGCAUAUAUAUAUAUAUAUAUAUUCAUGGAGUCGGUUGUAAAUUUCCUUCAUGCACUGAAGCACAUUAAAGUCUUGGCACAAGAAAUGGGAGUAAGUUUAUAACUGGAGUGAACGUGUUUACGAAGCCGUCAGCAGCCUGGUGUGACAGCUGAGAUCACAGCCCCACGUGGAUGUGAUGUACAGUAUUAACUACUUCUGUCAAAGCAUCUGGACUACUUUGAUCUUGCAGCCGUGUGGUUUAACACCUGAGAGCUGCAGAGAUACCUGAGGGAUCCUACAACACGGAAAAAAAGAGGUCUGAGUUCCAGCUCUGAAAAGACCUUUAGUGCACAGCCGCACAAGGCACCGAUGAAAUUCAGUGUAAACCUAGAAGUGAGUGUUGGUCCCAGCCCAGCUUCCCUGCUCCUGUGCUUUGUUCUCCUUUGCACGCAGUCCCCGUGCCCCAGGUUGAAAGUUUAGGGUUGUUUCCCGCUGCGUCGCUCCAAGCUCCUAGGGACUGACUCAGGGUUAGAGAAAGCGGAUGCCUGAUGGCAAGGGAUUCAGAUGAAUCCGUUUCACAACACCUGGAUUUGUUCCCGUGUUUUCCUACAUCUCUGUUUCCUCAGGCACAUCUUGCACCUUCAUCCCUUGGUUAUUUCACAAAGCAGUUCAGGGCACUUUGCACGAUGUAGGAUCAGAGCAAAUGUUUGUAGCAAUAUUUCACCUGUGCAUGGUAGAGUCUUUUCAGAGGAGAUGUUCAGUAAGUUUGUUUUAUCAUGAUGUUGGCUAGAUCCCUUUUGUAGGUAGCUUUUCUCCCUCUUCUACAAUUAGACUCUAUCCCUCUAUUGCAAAAAUAUCUUGUUCCUGAUGGCUAUCAAAGCAUUCAGAUGACAGCUUAAAAAAAAAAAAAAAAAAAAAAAAAGGCAAAAUCAACUUGCAUAACAGAACCUAUUCUUAUAUUGCUUUCAUAGACCUGAGAACUAUAUUAGUGUGUCCCCAGUAUUUUGGCUGAUAUUUCCAGUAAUAGACGGAGAUUUUUGUCUCCCUAGCUGAGGACAUCUUAAAGGAUGGAUGUUCAACAUUUCUGGAAUCCCAGACCUCUUUCAAGAGGUUUCAUGAUGCACAAAAGUCACAAAUAAGUUGAAUUUCCUACCCUUCAUCUAAGUAAUUCCAGAAUUGCAUUCCCAGUCAAAGCAGAAAGGCCAUUGUGAGUUUUAAGCCCUACAAACUAAAUAAAAAGACUUCAUCUUUAAAGCAUUAUUUUGUAGUAUUUGGGUCUCUAUAUUUUUUAAUCUCUUACCAAACUGUGCUAGAAACUUUUAAAAAUAAAAAUAUUGGAAGCAGGUAAACUUGAGUUAAACCUUUUAAGCUGCUAUGAUCUGUAACAAUGAUAUUGUUAAAAAUAAAUCUAAAACCAGCUGGUUUAAUGUUCUCAUAUUUAUGAUGCUCAAAAACCCAAGACAACAACACUUGAUGUGAAUGCAUUCAAUACCUUAUGCAUGACUGGUUUUUGCUUUUUGUCCCAGAGCAGGGGAAAGAUUUGUAAGAUCUCAUUACCAAGUGUGAUUUGAGAUGUGCUAUCAAAAUGAAGAACAAAUAAAUACAGUGAAAUAUA